AUGGGUGAGUUCUACGAGUACUGCCCUCCCGGUCCGGAAGAGCAACAUCGACGACUCGUUGCGCUACGCCAGCUCACCUCCCGUGGCAUUCCUUGCAUCAUAUGGGCCGAGGACGCUCUAUGCUACGUUUACCGUGUCGCCACCGCACUUUUCGACCAGCAGAUCCUGGUACCGGACGAACUGCUCGAAACCGCAGCUGCCAUACUUCAAGAAGGCCGCUACGUGCCCACCGUCCCCGCAUGGGACUACGCCGAGAUACGUUCAGGGUCGAGUGAAGGCAGCUCGCCGUUUCCAACGUCCAUCCGUCUGCGCCAUCUCGACAUCCCCGAUCACGAGCCGUACAAGCUCGAGCCUCUUCCCGGAUACAUCCUGCUGCUUCCCAUGUCUUACUUCGCGUUAGAUGUCCGGGACAAGGCGCGCUUCCAGUCCUUGGUCCCUCCCCUCCAUCCGUCCAACUCCGAUAUUCUGGUGCCGAAGUACCAUACCUUCCUAGAGGGUCUGGUACAUUUCAUCGUGAACCCUCCUACCGGGAUGCUCGACAACCCACGUCCCCAUGCCAUGGGCAAGUCCAAGCACGACGUCUUUAUCGGCUACCUUACCUCGUGGCGCGUCUUCUACGACUACGACGCCCCUCUGCCCUUGCAUGAGUUGCUGCCCGAGGAGCAGAAGAUUCUCGAUGAGCUGCAGACCGAAGAGUCGCGCUGGUACAUGCACCAUGUCUUCUUCGAACGGCGGAAUGUCAACUUCGCAGAUAUCAAGGAGUACAAGCUUCAGCAGUUGAAGGCCACCAGCAUCGAACCCAACACCACGCAAGUAUAUCUAUACUUCCUUCCAGACGUUCCCCAAUAUGCUCACUACUCGUCGCUCUAG